AUGCAGCGAAUUGUCCCAAGAUGCAUCGGCUUUGCCCCUCGUCACCACAGCCGCAUCCCAUUUUCUGCUUCAAGACAAUUUUCAAUUUCAAUCCCACGCCGAGCAAAUACAUUGAUGGAAACAAGUGGAUUCUCAGAUACUCAAUUGCAAGUUAGAGAAGCAAUUGCCAAAAUAUGCUCAAACUUUCCCGACGAAUACUGGGCUGCACAUGACGAAUCAGGAGAGUAUCCCCAUGAGUUACAUGCGGCAUUAUCAAAGGAUGGAUGGAUUGGAAUCGCUCUCCCGGAGGAACUGGGCGGGUCCGGGCUGGGCAUCUCAGAGGCAACAAUGAUGUUACAUACCAUUUCAGAGAGCGGUGCUGGUAUGGCCGGAGCUCAGUCAAUCCAUGCGAAUGUAUAUGCAACUCAACCAGUCGCCAAAUUCGCAACUCCCGAGCAACGAAAACGGAUGCUGCCAAAACUCAUCAAUGGCGAGUGGCGAGUUUGUUUCGGGGUGACAGAACCGAAUACAGGCCUGGAGACCUUGAAGCUCCGAACUCAAGCAGUCCGAGAUGGCAACAAUUACAAAAUCUCCGGCCAGAAGAUAUGGAUUUCGUCAGCUCAAGUAGCGACCAAGAUGGUUCUCCUUGCCCGAACAACACCGUUAGAAGAAGUCAAGAAAGCCUCAGAAGGUCUCUCCCUCUUCUUCAUUGACUUCGAUCCCAAGCAACCUGGACUGGAGCUCAAGAGAAUUAGGAAAAUGGGAGGAAGAGCAAUAGAUGCUAACGAGGUCUUCUUUGAUAGCUACACCAUUCCAGCCGAUUCAUUGAUUGGGAAAGAAGGUCAAGGAUUCAGGAUUGUGCUGCAUGGAAUGAAUGCCGAGAGGUGUCUGCUUGCUGGAGAGGCGUUGGGACUUGGCUAUGCUGCACUUUACCGAGCUUCGAAGUAUGCCAAAGAACGAGUCGUGUUUGGGCGUCCCAUCGGCAUGAACCAAGGGAUUCAGCACCCUCUUGCAGAUGCCUAUAUGCAUCUUGAAGCAGCCAAAUUAGCAACAUAUCAUGCUGCGAGGCUCUACGACCAAUCGAUGACUGAUGAAAGCAUCACGCAAACAGCAGUUGGAGUUGCUUGCAACAGUGCCAAAUAUUUGGCAGCUGAAGCUGCAUUCACAGCUUGUGAGAGGAGUGUGUUGAGUUUAGGAGGAAUGGGUUAUGCGCAGGAGUAUCAUGUGGAAAGGUAUCUGAGAGAGUGUUUUGUGCCCAGGAUUGCACCGGUGUCGAGGGAGAUGAUCAUGAAUUAUGUUGGGGAGAAGGUUUUGGGCUUACCUAGAAGUUACUGA